AAGAAUAUUUAUCAUGAUUUUCAGUUUAAAAAAUAAUACGGAAUGGAAUAAAGAAACAUCUUCUAUGUACGAUUGGGAAAAUCAUAAGUCACGAAUAAAAUAAACGGUAGAAUUUUUGAAUUUUACAAAGAGAAAAGUGCGAAGGCGAUAAUUGAACAUGUUUUAUAUGAGUGUGAGAUUAAGACAAUAGGAUAUAAUCUUCAUAUUUUUCUAUCUGAAUUAUGUGUAUAGGUAAUUAAAACAUUUUAAAUCAUGUGGUGGGGACAAAACGAUACGAGGCUUAAUAUGACAACAUUCUUCCCACUGACGGCGGAAGGGGUUCAUUAAAAAUCGAACUUCGCGUUGGUUUAUAUAAGCACGCGACAAUUCUAACGUAUUCCAUUGACGGAGUGCAGUUCAUUUUGUGAAAAUCUUCCGUCCAGUUAGUGCCAAGUUCGGUUCAUCAGUUCGAUCGCGCUCCUCAUGUGAUUGAUUUCUAACAAGUCGGAUAGACAGAUCGCAGUUCGACAAAAUGACUCAGGCCCCAAAAGCGAGCGGCAUAUAAUAAAAAUUAUAUGUCAGUCACAUUCGCGUGCAGACGGCGGAGUCGACGUGCGCUCGUGAAAAAUCAACGGCUACCUGCCUACCUUCUUGACCCUGAAGACUACGACGUAUAAGAGUGGACGAUGCGAUGCCAGUCGCAUUUUCGAGCGUUUUUCGAUGCCGCUCGGAUCGUCCGGAACGCCGAGCAUCCGUGAUCAAUUUCGUGUAACAUUUUCAAAGAUUCACGCUUUAUCUUCACGUUCCUGUUGGCUGAUAGUGUGAGAAACCGCCCACCGCAUCAUGGCACCGUUGCCGGAAAAUAUCAUGUUAUCGGACCUCACCGAAGUGCCGUUCAUACAGAUCGGCGACUUUAAGCUAGAGUUUGAGCUGGGUCCUCCUAGUGCGGAAUUGCAAGAAGUUGCCAGGAAGGAGCUCAGAGAGACUCCUGAAAGACAAAAGGAGGCGAUGAAGCAACUGCAACAAUUAUUAAAAGAGGAAGUAGAUCUGAAAUGUCCAUUGGACAACGAGGCCUGGCUGAUAAGGUUCUUAAGGCCUUGCAAAUAUUAUCCUGAAUCGUCACGCAAUCUCAUCAAGCAGUACUAUAAUUUUAAAGUGAAGCACUCGUCCAUAUACGACAACCUAAAGCCGAGCAGAGAGAAAAAUGUUUUCGAGCAGAACAUCCUGACCGUCCUGCCUAAUCGCGACCAGUAUGGCCGACGUAUAUUAAUAAUUGAACUUGGCAAGAAGUGGAAGCACAACAAAUGCAGCCUUGACGAAGUCUACAAAGGAUGCGUAUUGUACUUAGAGGCUGCCAUGCUGGAGCCGAGCACGCAAAUUGCCGGCGCGAUCGUCAUCUUUGACAUGGACGGUCUUACUUUGCAACAAGCUUGGCAAUUUACCCCGCCGUUCGCCAAGAGGAUAGUCGAUUUGCUUCAAGAUGCGAUGCCAGUGAGAAUCAAGAACAUACAUAUUGUGAAUCAACCGUAUGUGUUCAACAUGGUGUUUGCUCUGUUCAAACCGUUCCUAAAGGAAAAGUUGAAGAAUAGAAUAAUCUUCCACGGUACUGAUCGUAAAUCGUUGCAUCAAUAUAUAUCGCCGAAAUGCUUACCUUCACAAUACGGUGGUACGUUGGAAAUGAAGACGAUAGACGGACCCCAAUGGUACUCAUUAUUGGUACAAGUCGACAAAGAAUACGAAGCUAUCAAUUCGUAUGGCUAUAAAAAGAAAUAAUUUCUAGUUGCUAACUUUAUUGUAAUAAAAAAUAGGUAUAUUUGGAUUAACUAUGAAGAAGCAAUAGAAAAUGACAUUUUU